GCAGUGUCCCUUCUCUAGCUGCUGGUCUUCUCUUUGGCGGCUUGGCAGGGCUAGGAGCUUACCAGCAGUCCAAAGAUCCAAAGAAUGUGUGGCUUUCCCUCGUGGCAUCCGGAACCUUGUCUACUGUGAUGGGAAUGAGAUUUUACAACUCCAGAAAAGCAAUGCCUGGGAUAAUCGCCGGUGCCAGUUUACUGAUGGUUGGACGGCUUGGAUUGCAGAUCAUGGAAAAGCCUCUUAAGCCAUAAGUCUGCAUCAAGUUACUUGAAGAGACAUGAUUGAGAAGCCUGAAGAUGCUGCUGCCUAAAUGUGCUACAGAAAAGUGGAAAAGGCACUGCUGUCUGUGCAUUGUAUUUUUCAUAUCCUGACACCUGGGUUGUGUUUUUAAAGAACUGACAUCGAGAGCCCUUGUUAUGUCUUCCAAAAUGGUAUUUGUUUUAACAUUUUCUGCACUGUGAAGCAAGAAAAUAUCAGUAUAGCAUCAGUUUAGCUUCUGGUCCUGCAACUUACUGUAGGCAAAGACCUCUUGGCACUUGCAUGCAGAUGGUGGCAGGAUUGGAGCUUAAAUGUACAUCCGGACUUGUCAUUCUAAACUCAUCUAUACUUCU